GCACUUCUCUUUGAUGCAGAUUCUGAGCAUUCAACAACUGGCUGAAACACGACUCCGAUUUUUCUGAUAACAGACAAGGUCGAGAUUCAGAAGCCAGAUAUGUUCCCAUCAAGGAUAUAAGCCCGACUGAUAGAAGAUCGCCGCUCGGCUAUACGUGCAGUCUCAAGGUAUAAGUAUGCAUACCGCCCGGUGUUGUCACGCACCUCCGGCAUAUCAUCUGCUCCAGAUUUAUGGAACAGCACACUGUCAAGGCUAUCGAGCCGACAGCUUUGGCUGGGCAGAGUUUCUACACACUCCGGCACUCGGAUCAUCUAACAUUCGCCUCGGUCGAUACAGUGCAUGUUGUUGCAGGUAAAAUAGACAUAGAGCGAUUCUGCCAUGCAUUAGGAGAAACAUUGCAGUUGUACCCCCUGCAUGCUGGUCGGAUGUCUGUUCCUGAUAGUGCUGAUGGUGCGUGGAGGGUUCGACUAAGCAACGAAGGCGUUCCGGUGGUCCUGGUGGAAUCUGAUGACAAGAAUAUCGUGCCCAUAAGCACUGUAGUUCAAGUGCCGCUGACGCUAAUAGACAAAGUUGACGUGAAUAAAUUAUACGACCCCACGGCGGACGAGCCAUUGCUGCGUGUCUUGAUAACGCGGUUCUCCAACCUCGGGCAGACAUCUCUAGGAGUGUCGGCAUCGCACAUCAUAGGCGAUGGAUAUACACAUCUACGCUUCAUGAGAGCCCUGUCUCAGAUAUAUCAGGGUCUCUCUUUACUCGACGACUUACCCAACUUCGAAAGCGUGCUGCCCACGGAUAUUCCUCCAGCGAGGAAAUAUACCAUCUCGCCUAUCUUUGAACUGGCUCAGCGGUUCAAACGCGGUACUCUGCCCUCGGAGAUGGAUCCCAUGAAGACGGACCCUCCGGGUAGAGUUAAUUUCAGACUAUCCGGGGAGCAAAUGGUGGCCAUCAGGCAAACUGUGCAGGAACAGGGCAGACACGAGGAUGGACCGGACGCAGUGGUGAUCUCGCGGCAAGACGCCCUAAUCGCUUUGGUUGCCUCUUGCAUAUCCGAAGCAGACACGGAGUCGCCUCCUGUCAAAGCCGUGAGCAUCGUGACAUCGUGCAGAGGCGUCAAGCCGUUCAAUGCCCCGUGCAAUGGCGUGUUUUGGGCACUGUCAGAUCCUCCAUCAUCUGGUGAAUCUCUCACGAUGUACAAUUUCGCUAAACGGACACGCCUUGCGGUAUUGAGGACCCGCGAUCCGGAAUACCUGAGCGACUACUAUCCGAUCUUCACAGACCGUUGGCAGGAGAUCGGAGCCGAAGAUCAGAUCCCCAACUUUUCGCCACCUCCUGGAUUCAUGACCGUGAACUCAACAUGGAAAUUUGACUGGACUUCGCCUCACUUCGGAUAUCCACAAAGCUGCCGCUUUUACCAUAAUAACCUGCCGUUCCUACGAUAUGUCAAGUUAUUCGUCGCAAAUCCCAGCGAAGACAGCGACGGGAAGUGGAGAUCGAAUCGUGACCAAGUGGAGAUCGAUUUUCGUUUGCAGAAACCUAUCAUCGACAAGUUUUUUCACGUACUGUCGACCAAGCUCAAAGAGAUGGGCAUUUCGGGAGAAGUCGUCAGGGCCUCCUCCAAUAAUUAAUAUGC